AUGGACACAGACGCAACAAUCUUCGCGGCUCUGAAAACUGAGCAGACACACCAUCGUCUCUACGACUUCGCCAAGACGGCUCUCGUCAAGAUCUUCGCUCAUCCCUACGCUACGGUUUGCGAGUUGUACUGUGGAGGAGCUCCGGACGCCGACAAGUGGGAAUCUGCUUCAGUUGGUCACUACAUCGGAAUCGAUGUAUCGUCGUCUGGGAUUGUUGCCGUCCGAGAAGCGUGGGAGAGUCAGAGGAAGAAUUAUCCUGUGGAGUUCUUUGAAGCUGAUCCUUGCAAGGACAAUUUGGAAAACCAGUUAUCAGCGAAGGCUGGGGAAGCUGAUCUAGUUUGCUGUUGGCAGCAUCUGCAGUUAUGUUUUGGUAAUGAGGAAAGUGCUAGAAGACUUCUAAAUAAUGUAGCACAUUUGCUGAAGCCGGGCGGUUAUUUUUUCGGUAUUACUCCUGACUCAUCUACGAUAUGGGCAAAGUACCAGAAAAAUGUGGAAGCAUACCAUAACAGGAGCGGAGGCAUGAAGCCUAAUGUUUUCCCCAACUGCAUUCGAUCAGAAAAUUACCUUAUCACUUUUGAAGUUGAGGAAGAAAAAUUUCCUCUGUUUGGAAAGAGAUACCAGCUCAAAUUUUCCGGUGAUGAUAACUCUGAGAACCAUUUCUUGGUUCACUUCCCGAGCUUAAUCAGGUUAGCGAGAGAGGCUGGCCUCGAGUAUGUGGAAAUUCAAAACUUAACAGAAUUUUAUGAUGAUAACAGAACCCAAUUUGCAAGCAUGCUGAUGAAUGCUGGUCCGAAUUUUCUUGAUCCUAGAGGAAGACUUCUUCCACGACCAUUUGAUUUGUUAGGUCUAUAUGCUACAUUCAUACUUCAGAAGCCUGACCCAGAUCUUGCACCUCCUCUUACAACCCCCGUAGCUUUUGAGCAAACAUAUAAUCAUGAUGAGCGAGAACAGCCUGUGAAUGCCGAUGUUAACGCACCUGCAGAGACAUCAUCUCAUGGAUUAGGGAAGAUUAGUGAACAGAAAGGGAUACUGGGACCUGGCCCUCCCGAUUUACGUUUCUCUGGAGCAAUCUGAACGUGCUUCUGCUGAGAAGAAAACUUGGCACCACUUUUUUUUUUCCGGUGAGAUGACUUGUCUUGGAAAAACAAAGCCAUGGUAAUGAUAGAGGUUGUUUGGUGAAAUUGAAUAUGAGGCUUAUAACCAUCAUAGAUAGGCAUCUUUUUUUUGUGUGUAGGAAGGAACUCAUAGAUGCAGCCAUUUGGUAAAUGAAUGCAGUUUGGAUCA